AAAGCAACCGCUCAACGAGAAUCAUUUCAGUCCAUGAGUUGUGUUCGAUGAGGAAAGAAGUGCUUUGCGUGCUCCAAGAAAAAAACGCCAAGUACCGCGUUUAAAUUAGAUUCCUUAGUACACAAAUAUCCUUAAGGACUUGGAAAACCAAGUUAUCCUUCAUCCCCUACGUAUACCGGACAAAGAACAUUCGAAAGUGAAGAAAAAUAUCUAAAGUGUUUUGAUAUAAAAUUUGCAAAUUGGAGCACUCAUUCGCGUGUGAAACAUUGGAUACGGUCGCGGACAGUGUAGAGUGAAGACACGAGAGAAGCAGCCUCGGUGUUUCUUCUCAAAGAAACCCCACCAUUCCCAUUGGAUUAACACUUAUCAAAAUCACCAAAUUGGAUUACAAGAAGGUGCAUUCAGUUAAUAAGUGGUUUAAGGUGUCUCUCGAGUCACCAUUACAGAAAAAAAGAAGAUAUGCUCAAGUGAAUAAUAAAUUUAUAUAAUAUAAAAAAAAGGUUUAAGAAGAAUAAAGAAGGUGAAAGAAUGUCCAGUGUUGUGUUGAUUAAAGUUUAAGAGACACUCUAAAUAUGGGAUCAUCACCGGCCCUUGUAACCAUACUCAUAGGGACGAUCUUUGGUGUUCUCAGUGCCUCAAUGAGCAAAUCAUUGCUCUAUCAGGCUCCGGAUGAGUGUCGUUGGGUCGGUUCGACGGACGAUGAUGUGACCCUUGUGUGCAAAUUGAGGACCAUCAAUAGUGAACUCGAAAAUACAAAUUUCUCCGUGAUACAGCCACAGAAUACGGUUAGGCUGAAACUUGAGUGUAGCGAUGGACUCUUCUUUCAGAGUUCCAUCAAUCCAGGAAGUUUUAGGGCACUAAUUGAAUUAAGGUCAUUGUCUGUUGAAUACUGCAAACUCUCCAAUCUCACUGAUGGAUCAUUCAGGGGUCUGAGUGCACUACGAAAUCUAACGAUCAGGACUCACAAUGCUGACUGGAGUGCCAUGAGUCUGGACGUUGGACGAGGAGUAUUUACUGAAGAACUGGAAUCCCUUGAAGGUUUAGAUCUCAGUGAUAACAACAUGUGGACCAUUCCCGAUGGAAUGAUCUGCCCCCUGAGAUCCCUACAGAGGCUCAAUUUAACACGAAAUAGAAUUAGGGAUCUUGGUCCCUUCCACCUGAGUGCCUCAAUUAGCACAGUGUCUUCGAAAAAAUGUGGCUCAGCACUGAAAAUGCUCGAUCUCUCACACAACAACAUUGAAAACCUACCGGCGGCCAUUUUCUCAGGUCUUGGAAGACUUUCUGAACUGAGACUUGCUGCCAAUGGAAUGAAUUUCAUUGCAGAUCGAGCCCUUGAAGGACUCAUAUCCUUAGCAAUUGUUGAUCUAUCCGAAAAUAGAUUGAAUAAUUUACCACCGGAACUAUUUUCCGAAGCAAGAAACGUUCAAGAAAUCUAUCUGCAGAAUAACAGUUUGAAUGUUCUGGCGCCGGGGAUAUUCAGUGAAUUGACCCAGGUGGUGGUCCUGGAUCUAUCACACAAUGAAUUGACAUCUGAGUGGAUCAAUGGGGCUACAUUCCGUGGCAUGAGGCGUCUCAUUGUACUGGAUGUCUCCAGCAAUCGCAUCUCGCGACUCGAGGUGACGACAUUUCGUGAUCUCACCUCACUACAAAUCUUGAGACUUCAAGAGAAUCAGAUUGAGGUGAUACCCGAUGGGAUAUUUCUGGAUCUGGGAAAUUUGCACACAUUGGUGUUGUCCAACAAUCGCCUAAGUACAGUGGAUGCUACAACAUUUCAGGGGCUAAACACCUUGUCACUUUUGUCACUGGACUACAAUCGCAUUGCACGGAUUGAUCGUGCAGCACUAAAGAAUUGUUCUGGUACUCUCCAAGAUCUCCAUUUGAAUGGGAAUAAAUUGCACAGAGUACCCGAUGUUCUGUACGAUGUACCUCAGUUGAAAACUCUCGAUCUUGGUGAAAACCAAAUUAUCAACAUUGAUGAUGCCAGUUUUAGUGGAAUGGUACAAAUGUUUGGACUGAGAUUGACCGAAAACAGCAUUGAGACCAUCAAGAGGGGUACUUUUGAUCGUAUGGAGGCACUACAGAUUCUCAAUUUAUCUCAUAACAAAAUUAAAAAGAUUGACCAUGAGGCCUUUAACAAAAACACCAAUUUGCAAGCAAUUCGAUUAGAUGGGAAUCAUUUAACAGAUAUCACAGGGUUAUUUACUAAACUUCCCAAUUUAGUAUGGCUCAAUAUCAGUGAUAAUCGACUUGAGGUCUUUGACUAUGCCCUAAUCCCUACUGGACUUCAAUGGUUAGACAUUCAUGCAAAUAGGAUCGCAGAACUCGGGAAUUACUUUGAAAUGGAGAACCAACUGUCACUGAGCACUUUUGAUGCAAGUUCAAAUCGUCUGACUGAGAUUACCGGAAGUGCCAUCCCCAAUAGCAUUGAGGUUCUCCUACUCAGUGACAAUUUAAUAUCCAAAGUCCAAUCCUAUACAUUCUUCAAGAAACCCAAUUUAACUCGAGUUGAUCUAUUUGGAAAUAAAAUCACCACCCUGGACCCAAAUGCUCUGAGAAUCUCAGCUGUUCCUGAUGAUCGGCAGCUGCCUGAAUUCUUCAUUGGGGGUAACCCCUUUGAGUGUGAUUGCAAUCUUGACUGGCUUCAGAAGACAAAUGCAGUGGACUCACGCACUCAGCCCAAACUGAUGGAUGUUGCAAGUAUUUACUGCAAAUUGCUGUACAAUCGGGGUAAAAUGUACAUGCCCCUGGUUGAAGCUGAAGCCAGUCAGUUCCUGUGCAAGUACGAGACUCAUUGCUUUGCCUUGUGUCAUUGCUGUGACUUUAAUGCAUGUGAUUGCAAAAUGGAAUGUCCUGACAAAUGUUCAUGUUUCCAUGAUCAGAGUUGGACGGCAAAUGUGGUGGAUUGCUCAAGGGCUGGGUAUGUAAAGAAACUCCCAGAUCUGAUCCCUAUGGAUGCUACACAAAUCCAUUUGGAUGGGAAUGAUCUGCAAGAAGUGGCUAGUCAUGCAUUUAUCGGGAGGAAAAAAUUGAGAAUCCUCUUUUUGAACAGCAGUAACAUUCAUACCAUCCACAAUAGGACUUUCAAUGGAUUGAGAGACCUUGAAGUCCUACAACUGGAUCACAAUCAUCUGACUGAAUUGAAGGGGUACGAAUUCACUGGACUACAGAACCUAAGAGAGUUAUAUCUUCAGCAUAACUCAAUUUCUUACAUUGACAAUGAGACCUUUACCCAUCUGACAGAAAUUAAGAUUCUAAGGCUCGAUCACAAUCAACUAAUGACUCUGUUCUUCUCAAAUCUCCCGCCAUCUCUCAGUGAAGUGUUCUUGGCCGGGAAUCUGUGGAGUUGUGAGUGUGAAUUUGUGGAAAAGAUCAAAGACUUUAUGCUAAAGAAUGAACUUGUCAAGGACAAACUAAGGGUCAAGUGUUCUCAGCAAUCGGCAGUGAGUGAAAAUGACGUGACCUACCCCACUUCGGUGUCCUCAGCCAAAUUCAGGACACGAAGGGGAACAGUGAUAGACAGAGUGAUAGAUAGUGAGGAUCCAGUGGGAUUCUUUGUGCUUGCCGAAAACAGUUCAAAAAUUUGUACCGGGGUCUAUGACACGGGAAACCACAGCAAUUUGACCUCAACUAAAACCAUCUUGUCUCAACCACCCUUAAAUGACUACAUUCCACUCUUAGUGGCUACUCUGUGCGGAUUUGUGGUGGUAAUUGUGGCAAUUCUUGUGAUUUUUGUGUUUCGGCAAGAGAUGCGAGUGUGGUUUCACUCACGCUUUGGCGUGAGACUAUUCUACCGAGCUAGUGACACGGAUAAGAACGAAAGGGACAAACUGUAUGAUGCCUUUGUAUCCUACAGCUCCAAAGAUGAAGCUUUCGUCGCUGAGGAUCUUGCACCAGUUCUUGAAAAUGGUGAUCCUCAGUAUAAGCUCUGUUUACACUAUCGGGAUUUUCCAGUAGGACCCUACAGUCCGGAUACAAUUGUGCAGGCUGUAGAGUCUUCUCGGCGAACUAUCAUGGUGCUGUCUGAGAAUUUUAUCAAGUCAGAAUGGUGUAGAUUUGAAUUUAAGAGUGCACACCAUCAAGUUCUCAGAGAUCGCCGAAGGAGAUUGAUUGUGAUCUUAUUGGGUGAAGUUCCCCAGAAAGAUCUCGAUCCUGACAUCAGGCUCUACCUGAAAACCAACACAUAUCUCCAAUGGGGAGAUAAAUUAUUUUGGGAAAAACUGCGAUUUGCCCUGCCAGAUGUCCCAAACAACCAGAGACGUCAAAAUUCCCAGAAUCGACACCAAAAUACCCCAAUAGCCAUCCAGACACCAGUCACGCAUUUCCGCAAUCACAACGUCAAUCGACACAACAACAGAAAUACCAAUCAACAAAUAAUGAUGUCCCAACCCCUGCAACCCAUGCUGACACCCUCAGCACCCAUGGAGCAGUCCAACGGACCCCGAACAGUUGCUAUCCACAUUUGACGGUGAUGGCAAGUGCCCCGAGACUGUGAUCACGAGGGAGACAUCCUUCUGGAAUAUGACACUGAUCGUGAACCCCUUCAAGUUACAUCCCUGUGAAAAUCGCAACUUUCUGCGAUCAAGUGACCAAAAGUGAGUGAAAAUUUACUGAAGAUCAGUGCAUAAGUGCCCCUAAAUUAAUCAGUGAGAUAACGAUAGAGAGAGAGAGAGAGACCCGACUUACUUAAUUGCAAUUUGUGAUAUUCGCAUGUAAGGUAGAACGAAGAAAAAGCAAAAGUAAAAAAAAACAGAUAAAAUAUGAAAAUAGCUCUGAAGAUUAUUAAGUAGUUAAUUAAUAUAAUAAAAAUGAUAUUUGAAUUGGACAUAAAGAGUAUGCAAAAGGAAUUGGAAACCAUUGAGUUUUGACAAGAUUAUUAGCAUAUCUCCCCAGUAUCCAAUGGGUGCAUCCCAUUCACAACAACACUUUAUGUAAAUAGUGUGCCAAAAAUUGCCACAAAUGCCGUAUGUAAAUAAAAUGUGUUGUCAUCUGGUCGAUAUCACGACGACGAAGAAAAAAAUAUAUAAUAAUAAACCUGGUCAACAAAAGACUUCAAGAGAUAAUUAAAUGAGAGGCACUUUGUUCAAUAAAUAAAUAUUAAAGAAAAAAAAGAUAAGUUUUUAAAGAGAUUACUCGUCUUUUCACUGUGGCGAUACUUUCAAUACUCAAUCGACACUCCACAAGAACUUGAAGUUGGAAAAAAAAAGAAAGGUUCAACUUUAAAAUCUCUCUACGCUAUGGUUAGUUCUUUGCUGUCGUGGAAUGCCUUACGGACCAUAGAGGUGAAGAAUUGAUCUGAAUAGUGAGUUUUUUGCUGCGCUCCACGUGUCAAUCUAUUGGCUUAUCUUCAUUACUGAUUCAAUUUCUUAUGUUGCAAUAAAAUAACGCUGACAGAGACAUUCUUGGAACACUUAUGAGGAGGUUUGGUAUUAGUACUAAGAGGGGCAUUCAACUUUAGAUAAUGUUUUCAUCUCUUUUUUUUUCUCAAGUUAGCUUCAGUAUUUUCUUAUACAAAAUUUUCCAACUGAUUUUAUUUCCUAUAUUUUAGAUUUCUAGGAUUUUUGGAAAUUUCGCACUAUAUUAUAUUAUUAAAAACAUUUUUUUUCUUUAAUUUUCAAGUUUUUAAAAUAUAUAUACAAGUUUUAAUACGUAAAAUAGUUCGAAAAAUUGUAUUUCAAACGUUUAUUUUUGAAGAUUUUUGAUAGGAGCCUUGUAACUGAACUAGAACAUUUGAUCUUUGUUAGAUCUCCUUAAAAUUUGAAAAGUUAUUGCAUUUUUAAAGGUAAAAUCCGCAAUUAAAAGUCAUAGAUGUAAAAUUCAUGAAAGGAGUCAUAGAAUUAGCCCUUUUGCUAAACUUUACUCAAAUAGCAAAUGCUUCUAACAAACUAAACUCUUAAAAAUUCAAAUACUAUCCAAGAAAUAUUACAUUUUUAAUCAGACAUUAAAAUUUCAAAUAUUGUUUUUAAUUGGGAACGUGUAAUAAUUUUGAAUAAUUAAAUAAAAAAAAAGUAUACACUUAGAAAAUUGUGGCAACAAGAUCAUUACUCGUAUCUGUAUUGCUACAAAACCAUGACUAAUAUCAAAACUUUUAAAGAAAAUUCAACUUUGACCAAAUUAUUGACAAAUAGAUACUCCAGGGAUAGCUUAACUUUGAUCUAAAAAAAAAUCAGUAUAAGAAAUGCUUUCGGUAAUGGUCAUAUAUGAACGAAAUAUUUUCUUAAGUCACUUCCAGAAUAGGAAACACAUUUGAUAAACAAAUCCGAUGACUCAUUUUGUAAAAUAAACAUAAAAAUGUCAAAAAAACGAUUUGAAGUUCAUUUAAUUCAUAUUGACAUAAGGAAAUUUUUAUCUGUUUUAAGUACUCUAAUAUUAUAAGAUAUGAUUUAAAUUUCCGAAUAAAUUCUGAAUAUUUUAUUAUUUUAAUAUUUUUUUUAACUGUUUAAAUGCAUGAAACAUGUAAAAAUUAGUCAAGAGCCUAUACGAAGAAUCUAUCGAGAACCCGAUAGAAGACUUGUCUUAUUUAGAAACGUAUAAAUAAAAAAUGUAAUAUUAUUGAGAUAAAAUAAUUUAGAAACUGUGAGAAGAACUGACUUAACGACAGUUUUUAUAAUAUUGAUUUUCAAAUUCAAAUUAAGAUAAUAAAACUUAACAGUUUUUCAUUGAUGAACUUGAAUAUGUGUUUUCAUUGCUUAGUACCGAAUUUUUCGAAUAAAACAUUAUACAUUUUUAAAAUCUAAUUAUUUUUCAAUGAAUUAUAAAAUCGUGAAAUUCAGACUUUGACAUUUUCAUCUUUGAACAUCGGAAAAACUCAGUAAUUGGAUUGAGAUCUAAAGUUUUUUCUCCAUAAUAAGUAGUUUAUGAUGUGUAAUAAUAAAUUCAGGGUGUUAGACCCUUAUAUUGCAUUCAGCCAAGUGGUAUAGCCCAUUUCUUAAAGGUCUUUUGAUUUAAAAAAAACAUUUAUAUUUUUUUGAAAAAAAAACUGAUCAAUAAAUUUUUCUUAUUAAAAAUUAAAGAACUUACAGUCAUAUAGAUCAAGCUUUCAGAAAGAAAAGAAACCGAUUUUAUGGUUAAAUUGAAAUUCAAAAGAUUGUUGACGAUGGUCUCAAUUUUAAAAUAAAGAUCCAAAUCAAGAAAAUUUCAAGAUUUUAGUUAUUCUGAAUUCCAAUAAAUUGCAAAAAUUUGACAGCUAGAAAUUUUGAUCUUGAUCUUGGUCUCAGAAUUGAGGCCAAUAUUUAUCAAUUUUUAAAAACAUUGCGUUUUAUAUUUUAAAACGUUUUCUAUAUUAUUUUUAAAAAUUUAUUAAAAUAAAACGAAGAAAAUAUGUAUACGAAUAAUAGAUAAUCGAUUUGAUUUUCAACUCAAAGCUCAGGAGCGAGGUGCAUAACGUCUUUGUCCGAAUUUUAACUCUUUAAGGACGAAUGGAACACCGGUGUCCCAAAAACAAAAAAAACAAUAUUGUUUGACUAUAAAAAGUUAUUCUGUCCUCUAAAUAGUCUGAAAAAUCAGUUUUUAGCUUUGAGACACCGGUGACUCAUUCGUCCUUAAAGUGUUAAAUGUAAGGGAGAAGAAAUUAUUCAAAAUGUUAAUGCGUAAACGAAGUUUCCAAAAACAAAAAUAGCAAAGAUAAAAUUUCAAAGUUAAUCCAUCAUUCGACAACAAUUUGACGUAUAUUAGACAUAAUUCUGAAAUUGAAUAGCCCCUUUCUUUCAUAGCUCAAAGAAUUCUCUCAAAGAAUUUGAAAUAUCAGUUAUUUCUCUGGAAUAAAAUAUUUAAUGUAAAUUUAAAUUGCAAUAUUUCAAUUUUUAAUUGCUCACAGACUACUAACUAAUCCACUUAAUGUUUCUCAUCGCAUCAUAAAUCUAGAGUAAAGUUGUUUGUGAAAAGCAUAUAAACGCAUAAGAUGAGAAAAAAAGAAGUUGUCUGUACGGUAUAAUUACGCAAAAAUUGUCUAAGAGAUGGAGCAUAAAAAAUCACAUCAAAUGCAAGAAGUGCAAGAAACGUGCGUUAAUCAAAAACACGAUUGUGAACUACCUAGAGUUUCUCAAUAAACUUCCACUCUUUCCUCCACCCCCCCCCCCUCAACAAAAAUUGAAGAAGGAAUAAAAAGAGUUCCAAGAAUCUCAAAGUUAAAACAUUAAGUACACAAUUGCAUGUUCGCAUAAGACUUUUGAUGAUCAGACCAUCAAUGGUGAGUGCGAGCAAAUAAAAAAAAGAAGAAGGGCAGUUUGAGUGAAAAUACGCGGGAAAACCCACAGAAAACUUCCACAGAAGCACAUGGAGAGACACUGAAGAGGUAUUUCUUCUCAUCAUGGCAAUUAAUGCAGAAGUACCCAAGAUAAGAAAAUUACGCUUCAACACAAGGCAAAAAUUUUCACAAUUAAGAAUUAGCCUCGUAAUUUUAAUGAGGUAUCAUGUGGAAAGAAGAGAUUUCUUUUUAUGACACAUCACCCAUCAAGACACGUUGGGUAUUAUGAGGUGAAAUCGUAAAAAAAAGUGACAUAAAGCUCAUUUUUGAAGACCAAAAGAAUAUAUAUCUCUGUGAGAACCAGAGGAAAACAAAAAAUUUGUUAUAAAUGUAAUUUUACAUCCAUGUUACUGCCCAAAUUACACAUAUCUUCGCAAUAUUUUCAUAUUUUCACAUAUUUCUCGGUAAAUAGAAAUGUUUUAAAGUGAAAUAACUGCAAUAAAAGGUUCCAAUUCCUUUUCAUACGAAAAAAAAAACAAGAACAGAAUGAAAGUCAAGAAAUUAGAAUCAUUGAAGGAGUAGGACUUAGGAUGAGAUUUGAAAAGAAAAGAAAUAAAAUGGGUGUUCAAUGUGACUUUGUGUAAAAGAAUAAUUUGAACAAUUUUGUAAAUAUUUCAAUUGUAAAAUCCUAAUAAAUGCUUUUCAAUUAUAAAGAUUUUGAUGCACAAAUAAUUUUGUUUAGUAAAUGUUUCAUUUUUUCAAUCACCAAGAAUUUUUGAAAUUUAAUUCUAAGAUGUCUCACUAAUUCAAAUAAAAAUUUUCAAAAUUAUAUUAGAAAAGCAAGCAUUAUUGUAAAAUGUUUAUAAUGGCCCACGCACAAUUAUUUUUUGUUUUGUAAACGUUUCGAAUUAUUUUGAGGCAAAUUUUUAAGCUUUAAGUUCUUCAAUCGACCUACAAAAGCUAAUUCGUAUUUCAUCUUCUAGUUUUUUUUUAAUUUAAAAGUUGACCGAUAUAAUAAAUUUACACAAACUGAAUAGGAUAAGAUGGGGUACUUUGAAAUCAUGUGUAAUUCGGAACUUUAAGAUUUCGCAAUAGUUUUUGAUGGCAAAACGAAAAAACAGCGAAGAAGUAUUCUCGAACUUAAAUAUAAAGUCUUGUACUUCUUCGUAGUUUUCCAUUUCUCUUUAACUAUCUGAAACAGUGAGAAAUCUUAAAAUUCCAAUAUACACAUGCUCCAGAAUUACCCUAUCUUACCCUAGUAUUAUCCUGCAACACUGAAAUAUAACAUUCACAAUAUCAACCACAUCAAAUACUCUCUGGUUACACUUUGGAAUUUAGUCUCAGAAUUAAGCACAAAUCUGGAACAUAACAUUCAGAGUUAAUAAAGUUAAAUCUAAGAACUGAUUAUAAAUCAUUCACUUGUCUAAUUAUUUUAUAAUUUUAAUAAUUUGAAAUCUAAAAUUAAUAAGAGCAAUUUUGAAAAUAACUGUCAUAUAUUGGAGCAUCAAACGUCACAGUGAGCACCCAUAUAAAUAAAACUCCAUCCUUCUGUACAAAAAAUUAUUUAUGAAAUACUCUGAUGAGCAAUUAAUUUAUGCAUAAUGAUAGAAUUAAAUUAAAAAUUCAAAUGAAGUCAGUAUCUAUAGCGGAUAGUGAUGUAAUGUAUAGAAAAGAAGUGUCUGAUUAAAAUACUCCAAGAUGAAAAUUUCUGAUAUAAAAAUUCAUAAUAUCAUAUUAACAAUCACAUUAAGUCAAUUCAAAUGAAGCCCCUGUCUUUCAAUUACUGUAAUUAUUUUCUUUCUGUAAAUAUACACCAUUUACUGCAACACCUGUAAAGUUAUACGACUCAGAUUUUCCCCUCCAAAAAAAAAAUUAGAAGAAUAAAUAAAUAAAACAACCAAGUGUAAAUAAAUUAAUGAUUGUAUGUAAUUUAAGAUGGAAGAAGAAUUAGAUGAAGAAAAAAAUAUCAAUGAAUUUAGAAAGAAAUGUUCCAUAAAAUUUAAUGUCCAUGCGAUUGUUAAAUUUCAAUGUGUGAGUCAAUGAUUUAGGAUGAAGAGCAAAAGAGAGAAUAAAUUUGUAAAUUAAUGAAAAAAAAA